AAAUCGCGUCGAAAGCGAAGUAUACGGCAAUUAGUGAACAAUGAUUUCAAUACAACCCUAAAACAUAUAACAAUUCCUAGAACUUCAGGCACUGAGGGAAAUAAAAUAGUGAGAAAUUAUAUCAUAAGUCAAAUGCGAGACUUGGGUUGGAAUGUAAGCGUCGAUUCCUUUGAUGAUAAGACUCCGUACGGAUCGAAACAUUUCUCAAAUAUAAUCGCUACUAAUAACGAAAAUGCUUGCAAACGGGUAUCCAUUGCCUGUCAUUACGAUUCAAAGUAUUUUCCACUCUUUGAUUUUGUCGGUGCAAUAGAUUCAGCCGUUCCCUGUGCUCUACUCAUCCAUUUGGCGGCACUUCUUCGUCAUGAAUUGGACAGACAUAGGGCUCAGAAUCUCAAUCCAAGCCUUCAAUUCAUAUUCUUUGACGGCGAGGAAGCCUUUCAUUUGUGGUCUGCUAAGGACUCGCUAUACGGCGCCAGACAUUUGGCCGAAAAAUGGCAUAAAACUCAAGUUAAGAAUACAGGGAAUUGUCAUUUGGAUAACGAGUUGCAGAGAAUGACAGCACUUAUCCUAUUGGAUCUAAUCGGCGCUAAUAACAUGAAAUUUAAUAAUUUUUUCGCAAACACUAGUUAUUUGUACUUAAAAUUAAUGGCAAUUGGUAAGAGCUUCAUGUUUACACACAUUAUUUCAAAUACGGUUAACAAACAAAUUAAAGCAUAUCUCACAUUCAUUUGCAAUUUAUCGAUCGACAAAGAGAUCCCAACUAAGCAGUACAACAACAAUAGAAAUCAAUUAUUCCCAUCGAGUCAGGUAUACAACUAUGGGAUACAAGACGAUCACGAGCCAUUCCUCAAGAAAGGGGUACCUAUUCUUCAUCUCAUAACAUCCCCAUUCCCUCCGGUUUGGCACCAGGAAGACGAUGACAUCGAUCAUCUCGACUUUUACUCAAUUAAUAUAUUUGAAAAUAUUUUUUACGAUUUUUUAAAAUCUGUAAUCCGAGGCUAA